AUGGCCCUUACCCCGUUCGGGGCACGGGCUCUAAUUAAAGCCGCAACGCGUCGAACGCCUCGCCGUCAACGCGCGACACCCCGCACCGCGCGCACCCCCCGCACCGCGCUCACCACGCCGCCCCGCACCAAGCCGCAACGCGCCGCUCCACAACGCCCAGCACUACGCCGCACCACACCGUACCACGCAGCACCGCGAAAAGGAGUGGCACCGCCGUUUGAUGAUUUGUGUCCCAGUAGCCAUAGAAAGAAAUGGGUCAAAUUAAGGCUCAAAGUGCAGAAGAAAAAAGAAAGAAAGAAAGAAAUAAAUAAAUUAAAGCCGCAAAGCGGCGUCGAACGCCCUCGCCGCACCGCUGCGACUCCCAGCAGGCGCGCGCACUCCCCGUUCACACGCCGCCCCGCACCACGCCCCCUGCAAACCAUGCCGUCCCUCACCACGCCGCCCCGCACCGCGCGCCCCGCACCAAACGCGCCGCUCCACAACGCCCCCACUAAACCGCCGCACCACACCGUACCACGCAGCACCGCAAAGGAGGUGGCACCGCCGUGUGAUAUUUUGUUCAGUCAUAGAAGAAUGUUAGUCAAAUUGUAA